UCGAGCGUUGUAGUCCCCAGAGAACUACUCUUCAUCUCUCCGACCCCUCAUCGAGCAAGAAUAUGAAGCUGAUCGCUGCCACCGUCUUCGCCCUUCUGGCCUGCACGGCCUAUGCCGAAGACAAGGACGUCGAAGGUCGGGGUGGUUUUCUGGGAGGCCUGGGUGCUGUCGGAGGCGCCGGCUAUGGCCCAGGUCUUGUCGGUGCUGGCAACCCGGCUUUCUAUGGAGCCGUCGGCCCUGGUGCGGUCGCGCCCGGCGUGGUUGGUCCAGGCGUGGUUGCUCCUGGUGGUGUGGUUGCGCCAGGAGUAUUCGGGACCGGAGUCGGUCCUAUUGGUCUCCUAGGAGGAUUCGGCUAUAGAGGGUUUGGUCUGGGAGGCGCCUAUGGUGCCUCGCAUGGAGUUGCUGCCGGUGGUCACCAGGGUGGAUUCCAGAAGGGAGUCGCUGGUCACGUCCAGGGAUCGGGUGGGUACGCCGUUGGAGCCGCCCACAGGAACGUGCAGGCAUACAACAAUCAGCAGGGUUACAACCACAACUCUGGCUUCUCUGCUAGCGACAGCAAGGCCUUCGGCGCUGGACAGCAGCAGGGAUCAACGGGAUACGUCGGCGGGGCGGCUGGACAACAAGCUGGAUUCGGCAAGACAGCCUAUGGAGCCGCCGGUGGCGUCGGUGGCAUCGGCUUUGGCCUCCACGGUUAAAGAGACGACGUACGGACCCUUAUCGAUCUUGGCGCCACUCCUGUUUUCACUCACUGACACCGAUGGACAUUCAACUGUUUUGUUGUGCAAUAAAUGUUGCAACA